ACCUGGGACACUCGAGGAGGCACACGAGGGGAAAAGCAGACGGGUGUCUCGCGCCACCGCCUCUCCUGAGGGCGCGUAUUGAUCAGAAUGUCAGACAAGCUCAAGGAACGCAAAAGAACCCCCGUUUCCCACAAAGUGAUAGAAAAGCGGAGGAGAGACCGGAUUAACCGCUGUUUGAACGAGCUGGGCAAGACGGUGCCCAUGGCCCUGGCGAAGCAGAGUUCUGGGAAGCUGGAGAAGGCAGAGAUCCUCGAGAUGACCGUGCAGUACCUGAGAGCCCUGCACUCCGCCGAUUUUCCCCGGGGAAGGGAAAAAGAGUUGCUAGCAGAGUUUGCCAACUACUUCCACUACGGCUACCAUGAGUGCAUGAAGAACCUAGUGCAUUACCUCACCACCGUGGAGCGGAUGGAGACCAAGGACACCAAGUACGCCCGCAUCCUCGCCUUCUUACAGUCCAAGGCCCGCUUGGGCACCGAGCCCGCCUUCCAGCCGCUGGGUUCGCUCCCGGAGCCGGAUUUCUCUUACCAGCUGCACCCAGCGGGGCCCGAGUUGGCGGGCCACAGCCCGAGUGAGGCGUCCGUGUUCCCGCAGGGCGCGGCGCCGGGGCCCUUCGCCUGGCCGCACGGCGCGGCCCGCAGCCCCGCGCUGCCCUACCUGCCCAGCGCGCCCGUGCCGCUCCCGAGCCCCGCGCAGCAGCACAGCGCCUUCCUGACGCCCGGGCAGGGCCUGGACCGCCACUACCUGAACCUCAUCGGCCACACGCACCCCAGCGCCCUAAACCUGCACGCGCCCCAGCACCCCCCGGUGCUCUGACGCCGACAAAUCCCGCAGACUGCUCUGCGCU